AUGCCUGAAAUCCCGGACAUCAUUCCGAUUUCCGAUUUAUUGCGCGGAAAUAGUGACCACAAUCAGAUUGAUACCCUGACAAUCUCAUGGGCAUUGCAUCGCGUGAUCGGUCUAUCAUCACCCGCCAACUCAAAUAAAGAGGAGGAACUGGAUCACCAGCUCAGAUCUUCGAAAGCGCAAAUUCUCUUUACUGUUUCCUCGGAUCUGCCUACGGCAAGGGAAGCAGCAUCGAAGGAUAGACUUGCGGAAGAUCGGAGGAUUCUCUGCCAGCCGCCGAGCGAUGAAUCGCUCCUGGAGAGCUUGCAAACUGUGUCGCAGAUGAUAGGAGGAGGCUGCACUUUAUCAGAGCUAGAUGAGCUCCAAUUCACGAAGAAACAAGACACUCGUCAGAUUGCCUUCCUUUGCUAUUACGGCGGCAGCUUAGGUGCUCCUCAGGCAAUCAUGAUCUCACAUUACAACGAGAUUGUAAACCUUCGGCAGCUCCACCUAUUCGACAGACUUAUGAAGGACGCCUUCGCGCCUCAUUAUCGCGAUAACGCCCUGUGCUUAAUGCCCUUCUUUCCCCCUCACAUCUGCCGUCUCGUUGCCGUGUGCCACAUCUCGAUUUGA